AGCCUGUUGCUAGGGGCGUUGCGAAGGAGGGGCCACGAGGAGGGGCUCCCUUCCGGGAGGAGGGCGAUUGAUAACCCGGAAGCGGUCGGCAGUGCGGCGCUGUUUAAAGAUGGCGGCGGAGGAACCUCAGCAGCAGAAGCAGGAGUCGCUGGGCAGCGACUCCGAAGGUGUUAACUGUCUGGCCUAUGAUGAAGCCAUUAUGGCUCAGCAGGACCGAAUUCAACAAGAGAUUGCUGUGCAGAACCCUCUGGUGUCGGAGCGGCUGGAGCUGUCAGUCCUGUACAAGGAGUAUGCUGAGGACGACAACAUCUACCAACAGAAGAUCAAGGACCUCCACAGAAAGUACUCAUACAUCCGGAAGACCAGACCUGAUGGCAACUGCUUCUAUCGAGCAUUUGGCUUCUCCCACUUAGAGGCACUGCUGGAUGACAGCAAGGAGCUGCAGCGGUUCAAGGCUGUGUCUGCCAAGAGUAAAGAGGACCUGGUGUCCCAGGGUUUCACUGAGUUCACAAUCGAGGACUUCCACAAUACGUUCAUGGACCUUAUCGAGCAGGUGGAGAAGCAGACCUCAGUAGCUGACCUGCUGGCCUCCUUCAAUGACCAGAGCACCUCAGACUACCUUGUGGUCUACCUGCGGCUGCUCACCUCAGGCUAUCUGCAGCGAGAGAGCAAGUUCUUCGAGCACUUCAUAGAGGGUGGCCGCACUGUUAAGGAGUUCUGCCAGCAGGAGGUGGAACCCAUGUGCAAGGAGAGUGACCACAUCCACAUCAUCGCUCUGGCCCAGGCCCUCAGCGUGUCCAUCCAAGUAGAGUACAUGGACCGUGGUGAGGGCGGCACCACCAACCCACACGUCUUCCCUGAGGGCUCCGAGCCCAAGGUCUACCUUCUCUACCGGCCUGGACACUACGAUAUCCUCUACAAAUAGGGCCGGCUGGCCUGUUGCGUCCUGCCUCCCUCCCCCGCCAGAUGCUAGACAUGUACAGAGGGUCUUUUGGUUUGGUUUGGUGUUUGUUUUUUAUUUGGGGUUUGUUUUUCUUUUUUUUUGUGGUUGUAAAUGGUCUUAUUUCACCCCUCCCUUCUCCCUGCCACACAACCUUCCUUCCUGUUUUAUUAAAGGGGAUGCUGGUGGUGAGCCGACUGUGUGUUUCCCUGCUCUGCUGCCCUUCCCUACCUGCCCGCUGGCUGCUGUAUGUCUGGCUGUCCCUUCCCCCUCCCCCCCCAGGGUGGGUCCCUCAGCCUUCCACCUAUCCACCCCUAAGCAUUUCUGCCAAGAGAAUUUUGAGGGGGCUAGGCCUCCAAGUUCCUUAUAGUUCUGCUGUCUCCUCACCCAUGGGCCUGCCCCCUUUCCUCCUUGACUUUACAGGGGUUCCAUGGGAACUUUUCAAAUUCCUUGGGAACUUGGCUGGAGGUCUCAGGUCACCCACACUCAAAGCUGCCCCUUAGAGUUUGCUAUUCUGGCCAGGGCUUCCAGAUCACAGCUUUCUGCCCACCUCCAGGAGUCUGCAUGAUUGAGGAGUCCUGAGAUGAGAGGGUUAUGGGAGGAGGCUGGCCCAGCUAGAUGGAGGAGCUAUUCAUCCUCACUGGGCCCCAGGAAGAACUGACUUGGUAUGAGAGGAACAUAAGCCUGGUUCAUAUCUAGGCAGGGCUUGCCUGUUCCUGUUCCCCAGAGCUCCCUGCCUGUGCUUGCUCCCUCUGCACCCUCUUUGCUUGGGCCAUAUCUGCAUUACCUGCCUUGCCUUCUCCUCCCCACCCCCAGCACUUGUGGGGUCUCAGCCCAGGCUGUGAGCUCCUUGGGGGUGGGCCCUCAAUAAAUGUGAAGUGCUGCCCA